GUCAAGCGAAGCUAGCAGCGGUAAGGGGCGCCUUGAGCUGUCAUGCAAGAUAGUCGCUGGAGCGCGCCAGUUCGUCCAGACACCCGCUGAUAGUGCUGCCGACAUGGAGAGAAGAAUGCAUCCAGUCGGAGAAGUCCUCAUCAUUCCGAUGACAUCGUCGGCGUCACCCUUGCCCCAGGAAUCAGCUCGACCCCAAACCCUUCCCCUCCAUCCCUCCUCCCCUCCUCCAGCUGUCUCCCGCACUCCCCCUGUCUCUAUGUGCAGUUCCCAGCUCCAGGACGAGUGUUUCAGGAGGGCUCCCAGAGCUGCUUCUCCCGAAAACGACUCAGCCAAACCCCACCGGGGCUCUAUCCAUAUCUCCCCCUCUGUGUCCUCCCUGUCCUCCCCUCCGCCCCCCCUCUCUCUGUCCAGUCCAUUGCUUCAGGCAGAGUUUCUGAAGAGAGCCAGCCGUGGUCUCAGAACUGUCUCCUGCGACACAGACGACGUCCUCACCUCCCCCAGCUCUCCCCAGGUCUCCCCCUUUACCUCCACCACCACCUCCCCCUUUACCUCUCCACCACAGCCUCUCUCUCCCACAUCCCCCUUCAGCUCCCCCGUGCAGGCUGUCUCCCCCUCCGAGACCAAUACAGAGGGUCGCUCUGGUCGCUUGUCUCUCUCCAGUCCUGAGCUGCUGACUGAGCUGCGUCAGUCUCAUUCCCGUCCUAUGAAACACGUCUCUGCGUCCAAAGGACUCACCACUGUCUUCUCUGGACGGGGCAGAAGCAUAACGACAUCGAGCCCCACCCCUGCCACAGGACCAACCAAUCAGUCGCUCCGCUUAGGCUCUAUGGCCAACGGUAGACAACAGGCAGGUCCCCGGCUAUCCAAUGGGACAUAGCGUUGGACUAAGGAAAAGGGCCCUUGGUGACACCAGCUACUGUAUAAGUCAAUGUGAUUAACUGCCACUGGACUUGGAGUCAACAACUGGAUGGUACAUUAUCAAACACUGUACUGCCAUGUGCCACUGCCAACAGUCAACGUUGCACCCCAACACAAACCAGCCAAAAUACACACUGUAACAAACUGUAGCAAACCCUGUCGAAAACACAGUAACUAACUGUAGAAAACACUGUAACACACUGUAACAAACACUGAUGCACACUGUAACAAACACUGAUGCACACACUGUAACAAUCUGUAACAAACACUGAUGCACACACUGUAACAAUCUGUAACAAACACUGA